AUGGCAACAUUCCCAGACACCACCCCCCGGCCAACGGGCCACCAUACCGAGACCCCCCCCUCCAUCCUCCCCCGCCAAUUCUUUUCCGUCAUCUUGAUCAUCCUCCUCUACACCACCGCCUCCCCCUUCACCCCCAUCUCCUGGGCUUUGGGCAGCGACACCCUCCACCUUUCGGGCACGUAUUUCCUCGACAGGAUCUUCUCCGGCCUGGUUCUCUUCUCCGCCUUCUACUUCCAAUGGCGCAUCGCCUCCCUCCGCGCCAGCGUGCCAGUCACCCUGCCUCUAGGCGGGUCAACCACCGCCGUCCGCAAUGGUCGCCUCGAGACCGUCCACAGCAGUAGCGCAGACUUGUUCCUGUACAAGACAAGCGACUACUGGCAUUUCGCCCUCGCCGAAGCGGGGGUUUUGCUUUUGGGAGAGUUCGCCGGCAGUGAGAACUUGAGGAGGGUGGUGGUUUGUGUUGUGGUGGCGGGGGUUUGGUUGGUUGGCUGGGCUGCUACGCCUAGGAGCGUGAAGGACUGGAUGUGGGAGCAGGCAAGGGCUUAUUUGUUUGUGUUGGUGUUGGAUGAGUUGAGGGUGGCGGGGAGGGGGUUGUUUGGGGGUUACUAUCAUGGGCCUGGUGGGGGGAGGAGGAGGGGUAGGUUUUGA